AUGGCAACUCAGCUUUUGGCCCAAGGAAAUGGCGGCUUUUCCUCCCCAGUUACGGCUCCCAAUUCUCUUCCGGCGACCACGGAGGAAAUGAACUUCUUCCAAAAAGUCUAUCAUGCUGCAAGGGAACUGAUGUGGCGUGACUCCCCCCGUGCCAUGAAACCUACGGCAAACGACUUGCCGAUUCCCCCAAGUCCCACUAGGAAACCAAUGGAAAGCCGAUUCUUGCAAACUAUUGAAUCCAACGCCAACCUGACUUUCUCCUUGAGAAUCCUGAAUGAAAACUUCAGCGCUGAAGCUGCCCCUGAGGUCCAUACGGAAGGCUCUGUGCUCCACGUAGAAGCGAGCAUCCGAGCCAGCCCAGGCAUCUUCCCCAAACUCUUUAUUGAGGACUGCUAUGGAGCCGAUGCUCCACACCACAGCCAUGCCAGGAGGAUUGACAUCAUCGUGAAUAACCACGGGUGCCUGCAUGCCGGGGUUCCCGAAAUAACCUGGUUUCGCAAAACAGACUCCUCCAUCGUGUUCAAGCUGCCCGCUUUCCUGUUGACGGAUGACUCGGAAGAGAUCUAUCUUCAUUGCCUUCUCACAGCUUGGAGCCAGAAGCUUCCUACGACCCCUGGGAAAAAGAUGUGCAUCUUUGACAGCACCACCUCCAGGUGGAAGAAUCUGGACGAACUCUCCAAGUCAUCAGUCUGCAGCUGUUGUGACAGCUACUGCCACCAGGAACCCGCUCCUCGUGGGAAUCUCAAAGGCUUUCUAGGUGAAGGGAUAUCACGCAGAGAACUCCUUGGCCCACUCAAAGUCCACAAGCAAGAUGUCUCGUGGCUGGAAGGGAAGUGCCAGACCGUGAAGAGGAUGCUACUGGUGAGCGUGGCCUUUGUCUGCAGCUGCAUCUUGGCGGCUUUCUUUGUCGGGGUUCUCAUAGCUUUGGUCCUGGCCGUGCUGCGCUAUUAUGGCGUGGUGGCCAGGCCCAGGUGGCUGAGGGCCCGCAAGGAGCAGCCUUUCCACACAGAACUACAGACGAUGGUGGGCGCUUGCCUAGAGCCCGAAGAGAUGGAGAAGGAAUCCAACAUGGAUUCCUGCGAGCACAACAGCGAGACCCCGCAGAAAGAAAAACCAAACGGUGGAGGCGAGAAUUAAAAAGCACCAGCCAAAAUCACGCUAGUUCAUACAUUCCCCGGAGUCUUAAUGGCUCCUGCGUCACUUCUCCAUGCAACACAUUCAACCACAAUCUAGCAGAUUAAACAC